UUAGAUAGAUUUCAAAUAUAUUCCUGUCAAUAUGGGUCCAUGUUUCCCUGAAAUAAGUCAGUCAUUUGUUUGGAUUUAUACUGCUGAUGAUCAAAAUCAAAUCAACUCCAAUUUCUGGUCUGGAAUGGAUGUAACUUGGAACACUUUUGGAAAUGAAUUUAUUAGUAUUGAAGACCACUUCCUAUCUGGAUCAAUAAACUACUUCAGCUAUGAAGAUCCUGUUCCAUGGCCAUCAAAAGAUGUCGGGAAACUAGACUAUAAGGCAACUGAGAUUUCGAUCGAUAUAUUUAAUGUUACCAGUCUCAAAAUAAUCGGCAAGCGUCUUUUUAUCCCGAUAACUUGUGGUUUACGACAAAACAAUAAUGAGUUCUCACUGAACGUGACUGGAUUAAUAUGGAGUGAAUUCAUUUCCCAAACGUCAAUGACUGAUUUGUUUAUUCAAAGUGAAUUAACUAUAAAGCAAACACAAUCGAUUAAAUUGCACGGAAUGGAUCCAAUAGAAAAGAAGUACUACAUGAGACCUGUAAUGAAUAUGAAUACUUUACGUUAUAAUUCAAUAAUUUCAAACAUAAACAAUGCAAUGUAUGAUAUGAUAGAUAGAAAUUUGACCCUUCAUCUCGGAAAAACACAAUAUUAUAUGUCAACUAGCGAAACAGACGCCCAACCAUCAGAAUCAUUUCAUAUUACAUUGGUAAUAAAUCUUCCAGAGCAAGAACUAUUAUUUGAAACACCAUUUAUUCAUAGAUUAAAAUGGGCAUAUAUCUUUUACAUUGGUAUAUGGAUUAUAUUUUAUUGGCCAAUUCAAUGGUUACAACGUUGGGUAUUUGAAAAACGUCGAUUGAUGAUUUGUGAUAAUUUCGUUGAAUUUAAAAAACCGUCAGAGAAUGUUUACUUAAGUCAAUUUAAGAAUGAAUGGUGAUGAUGAAUCGACAACUUUCUAUGAUACAAGUUCCCAAUUUGAAUAAAGGUGGACACUGUUUUCUAUCCAUCUCAAACUCAUUGAAAUACAUUAAUUAUAUGCUAUAGAAUAUACAAUAUCUGAAGAAUAUGACUACAUUGCUCUAAAAUUCGCUUUAAGUAGAAAUUCUGUAUUGUUUAGAUGUUGAAGAUCGUUAUGGAGUACACGUUGGUCGUUUCUUCUUCCUCUUCGUUGUUGUUGUUGCUUUCGUAGUCGUCUUUGUGGUAGAGGUUUUUUCUUCUGUAUGAUUCAAUAAAUGUGAUAAACCAGCUGACCGUAUCCCCUGUAAUAAUUGUUCACGUGCAAAUUUUAACUCAGCUGAUAAAUGUUCUAUUUCAGGUGCAUUUAAUAAAGCUGGAAUCAGUGUAGAUCGAAGCCAACGUGGACUGUUGUCCCCCAUCCCCAACAACAAAGCAAUAAAUCAAUAAAAUAGUUAACUUUUGUAUUAAGUGGUCACUUUAUAAUGUUAUGGUUGUUUAGUCUUUAGUUUUGAUAAAACUCUACUGAUUAAGUUGAAAUGUGGUCAGCACACUAGUUAUUGAACAAUACCGAAUAUCUAACAUGAUGGUUGACAGUUGGAGGUAUUCGAUGAGAAGCACUGGUUAUUCAAAUACAACGAGUCUUUCAAAACCUCAGGAUAUUACUACUUUUUUGAGGGGUUCGGACCGCAUCAUUUAUAAACGUUACAGUUUCACCGUUUGACCCGCGAAUAAACCGCACGACCACAAGUGGUCACUGUGAC